GGCUUUAGGGGCCCUGCGAAUUUUUGUGAUCCCUCCACAAAAUCCUGGCCUGGCCGCAAGCCAUCGAUCCCACUUGUCAAAACACUCCGAACUCUUUCUUCCUCUGCUUGACUUUUCAUGUCCCCAAUAAUCAACAAUUCUCACAUUCGCCAUUUCCUUUGAGCGCCAUGUCUUCCUUCCCGUUCAGCUAGCUACUACUCGAGUCGCAGCUGCUGCCACUCCUUUCACAGGUCUGCGUUCGUCCUCUGUCAGCAUAGCUUUCGGUCAAUCAUACUUUUUUCGCCUCAACGGCAUUAGAGUCCUACCAUUUGCCUCGACAACUACAAUCUUCCGGUAUUUUGAAUAGGGCCAUCGGCAGGUACAUUGUUUAGUGGCCACACCAGUCAGUUUUGUCGAGUCAAUCAAGAGUACCUACCAAUCGUCGCCAUGUCACACAACGAGCCUUCCUCGAUAGCGCCUCGUCGAAGAACCUCUCUCCUUGUUCAGUCACGUCCAAAGACGGCCUACGAGUCUGUCCCGGCAACAGGAUCUUUGUCGAGGAGACCUAUCUCGGCAUUCAUGUCAACGGCUACUCAUGAUGUGUUGGACUGGUCAUCUUUCAGCCGCAAUCAAGAGGAGGCAGGAGGUGUCAACACAAGCCCGCAUUUCGUCGAUCCAUUCGCCAGCUUUUCCACGGACCCUCAAUCGCGAGAGCCCAUGCACCAACGACGAUACUCGGCUAUCAGCCAGUCCGUAAGAAACGGAAUUUCAGAGUUGAGGUCUUUGACUCGACGAAUGUCGCUGACUGUUAGAAGCAAAAGCUCAAGGCAAAAGGAAGAAUGUACAGAGUACAAGAGACCUCCCUUGACUUCAUUCAAGACCACAGACCAGAUGAUGGACCUCCCUGCGGCUAUGUCUACGAGGCCCAAAUCUCGAGGGCGUCUGUUCAGGAGUCCUAGCACAAGAAGAAGGCCAUCUCUCCCGCUCUUGAACUUUCAGGAAGCGCAAAUCCCACCAGAGAUUCCAACCACUCGAAGCAGAGGUCGCCCAAUUUUGUCCGAUCUCGUCUAUGGCGGAGCUGAGGCCAGAGCCUCCGCGGCAGCUCAGAAUGAACUCUUCCAUGCUUCGAGGACUCCGCCCUUGCCACCCUACGAGCCUCGAGAAAGCCAGAGCAAAACCGAAGGAGAUGCGGAGAGUGGCAUUGGCAUAGUACUCGACACGUGUGACCGGAGAGGCUCUUCGCCAGCCAGUGCGCACGUGCGCUGUCGAGAUCCUGCUUCUGUUCUAGCCACCGAACUGGUUGAGAGCGUUUUGUCUUUCCUUGAUGUCGAGUCGCUGAUUCAGGCCUCACUCGUGUCUCGGAAGUGGCACGACCUUUGUCAAUCGCAGGCUGUUUGGAGGCGAAUAUUUCAUGGAGAAUACGGAUCGAAGGCUCAAGCGAAGUCGUCCAAUGUGCCUCUUGCUGCUGGACUCGGCAAGAACACCCCAGGCCAAGACUACCGAAAACUGUUUAAAGUCCGUACGCUGAUCGACAAGCGCUGGCGCAACGGUGAGGCGGCGGCCAUCUACCUUAACGGACACAAAGACAGUGUCUAUUGUGCACAGUUUGAUGAGCAUAAGAUCAUCACCGGAUCACGCGACAACACUAUUCGGGUAUGGGAUGCCCAUACCUACCAAUGCAUCCGAAAGCUAGGACCGCCAAAUAAUCCCAGAGAAAAACAGCAGCUGGCUUCUGUUGCCGUUGAGCCAAAAGGAGUUCUUCCUUUCUUCAAGGCGGAUGUUUCAUCUCCAGAUCCGGUUUCUCCACAGAUGCCGAUGUGGCAUCAGGCUUCAGUCCUCUGCUUGCAAUACGACGACGAGAUUCUCGUCACAGGGUCGUCAGACUUUUCAUGUCUUGUCUGGUCUGUGAAGGACAACUACAAGCCCAUCUUCCGCCUUAUCGGCCACCACGCUGGAGUGCUCGAUGUAUGUAUUGACAAACACCGGAUCAUUACUUGCUCCAAGGACACUACCAUCAAAGUCUGGGACAGGUUUACUGGUCAUUUGAUCAAGACGUUAGUUGGACACCGUGGCCCUGUGAAUGCAGUUCAAGUUCGAGGCAACCUGUUGGCCAGCGCUAGCGGCGACGGCAUGUCGAAGUUGUGGCGCCUUGAGGACGGGGUGUGCAUCAAAGAAUUCCAGUCCAAAGACCGCGGCUUGGCUUGCGUUGAAUUUUCGGACAAUGGACGGACGAUCUUUGCUGGCGGGAAUGAUCAGGUCAUUUAUGAGUACGACACGAUCACUGGCAACAGGAUUAGAGAGCUUAAAGGACACCGAGAUCUAGUCCGUUCACUGCAUCUCGACUCGGCGAACUCGCGUAUCAUCAGCGGUAGCUACGACCACUCGAUCAAAGUUUGGGACUCGGAGAGAGGGGAAACCGCAGCAGAUGGCGGACUCCGGAUCAACUUCGAGGGUUGGACUUCGAGUUGGAUACUGGCGGCGAAAAGUAAUUACCGGAAAAUUGUUUGUACCAGUCAAGAUGGGCGGGUGGUCAUUAUCGACUUUGGCUACGGUAUUGAAGGCGUGGAUUUAGUUGAGGCCUGAGGCCGGAAAAAGCAUUGGAAGACAGGGACAGGACGAUUUGCAUUGGAUCAGUGCAAUAUGAAUACUAAUGAUUAUUAGAGAGGUUCCAAGAUUGCGAGGCAUUCUUAUUGCAUAUUUUUGCUAGCAGGUCUCAUAGCGAGGGGUUCUUUUGUUGUUGUCUUUGCAAGGUGUUGGUGGCUUGCGAUAAAUCAGCUCAGGAGUCUUCAAAAAGGGUCUGGAACAUUUCAUAGACUUGCAUGAGUGCUGUAUUAUAGGUUAGUAGGGCAUUUGUGGUCUUAACCAUGGGCUGUUGUUGUUUGGGUUUUGCAAUGGUAUGUCUCAUACAAUUGGGCGGGCUGACAGGAGGCCGGAUUCUCAGGGGGUUUUACGAGCCUUUGGACUAAUGCAGGGAGUGACUUCAGGAGCUCCUAAAUGUCACAAGUAGAGCACAGGUGUCCUCAUGGCAUCCUUGAGGAUUCAGAGCAAUCCGCAUAAAAAUGCCAAUACGAGUACUACGGAUGC